AUGUCGGACGCUUCGAAAUGUUAUGAUCUAUUUUGCUUUGAGGCCAGAGCUAGACUUCAUAACACGGAAAGAGUCUACUCAAGAGGGGAGUACGUAACGGAUUAUAGGUAUCAAUUGGAAUUCAGUUUAGCUAGCGCUGACCCUAAUGCAUUUAAGUUUACUUGCAGGACUAUUCCGUUCUUUAUCCGAACCGGCAAUGCUCAAUGUUGGAAAGCCCUGUGUACUCUGGCCUGGGAUUACUUUUUCAUGGGAGAUGUUGAUGAAACGAAAAUCGAAAAUUUUCCUAUUCAUCAGAAGGCAUCUUGGGAUGAGAUUGAGUGCAUGUUACAAAGCAAUUUCAGAGAUCGUUUGGGAAGGGAGCUUACUUCUGAAAAUAUACAGUAUCUUCGGCACUUGAUCAUGCAAGGCAACAGAAAUGGUGGCUCGAUUUCCUGGGAUGAUUUUCAUUAUGGUUUCCGAAUCGGUAAUUCUAAACACACGGUUGGAGAAUGGAUUUUUGCUUGCCUUGAAACCUUAGCUAAGCCAGAAAAUUCUUUGAAGGAACUAUGGAGAUCAGGACACAUUAUAGGCUUUAUUUGCAAAAAUGAAGCCAACAGAAUUCUCGAUAAUGAGCUGAAAGGUGUCUGUUUAGUUCGAUUUAGCGAGCAGAAGCCGGGUGCAAUCACUAUUCCAUAUACAAAUAGCUACACCUAUAUCCAGGAUUUGCCAAAGUUUUGUAUCCUGGCUAUCUUAAUGUGCAUGGACUGGAUCAAUAUAGAUAUGUCCCCAGGCCUACAGCGCGGCCAGACGGUUAUGAAGAUGAUUGUCCACUUCUUCGAGCUUAGCGGCGAAAAACGACUUGAUGCCAUAUGA